GAAGCAUCGCAUCGCAUCGCAUCGCAUCGCAUCGUACCGUACACACCGUAGUACGAAGUGUAGCACGGCAGAAAGGAGACAAGCGCAACCGGGUGUGUUGCGAGCGGAACAAGGAGAGCGAACGAUCGGGACACGAUGGCGUCUAUGGUACGUUCCUGCGGCGGUUGUUUAGGUUUGCUUUGUGUUGGGUUUGCGUUUGCGUUUGCGUUUGCGUUUGCGUUUGGUUUGGUGCAUUAAGAUUGUGUCUCGGGGCCUCGCGAGGGUCCGCGCUCGAACGAGACGAGCCCGGUUUUUUUUUCCGGCUCUCACGAUCCGUCUCGUUGCACCGCAUUGCACCGCACCGCACUCGUGGUUCUCGUGCGUCCCUUUUUCAGGACGAGGAAGCAAAGGCAAUGCGAGAGGAGCAAGGAUCGGAAGACACUGUUGCGGGCAAGGGCGCCGCCGUGGAGGAAGGGACCGGUGGGAACCUUUCACACGCCGGGGACGAAGGAGACGAGGCAGCGGCGGGAGGCAACAGCAGCGAAGAGGCCGACCGCGACCAGAAGCGGCGCGUGUACGUCGGAAACCUGGCGUGGGAGGUGAGCUGGCAGGACCUGAAGGACCUGAUGAAGACCCUGGACCACGAGGUCGUGAGGGUGGACGUUCUGCAGACGAGCGACGGCCGCUCGAAGGGCUGCGGGAUCGUCGAGUUUGCCACCCCCGAGGGCGCCGCGGAGGCCGUCCUCACCCUGAACGACACGGAGCUCUCGGGGCGGCGCAUCUUUGUGCGGGAGGACCGGGAGCAGGCGAGCGGAAGGGAGACGGGCCACAACAAUUACCCGUACUCCUCCUCCCGGGCGGGCGGGCGCUACGGCAACCCGCGCAGCCGGUACGGGGGCCCGGCGAUCCACCACGGGAACCACCAAGGCGUCUCCUCCGAUCCCGGCUCCCAGUCGCGACGGGUCUACGUCGGAAACCUGAGCUGGGACGUCGCCUGGGCCGACCUGAAGGACCACAUGAAGCAAGCGGGCGAGGUCGUGCGGGCGGACGUGAUCUGCGAGCACAACGGCCGCUCCAAGGGCUGCGGGAUCGUCGAGUUCGAGACCGAGGAGGGCGCCCGGAACGCGAUCGCGACCCUGACGCACUCGGAGCUGCUGGGACGAACGAUCUUUGUCCGAGAGGACCGCGAGGGAAGCGGCAGCGAGGCCAAGGGGGGCCAGAGGCCAAAGAGGAACGGACCCGGUGCCUUCCACCAGUCCAGCAACAAGUCGGUCUACGUCUGGAACCUCUCCUACGACGUCAGCUGGCAGGACCUCAAGGACCACAUGCGGAGGGCCGGAAACGUCGACCAGGCGACGAUACUCACCGGGAGCGACGGAUCCACCAGCAUCGGCUGCGGCAUCGUCGUCUACCAGUCCGCGAGGGACGCCGCCAGGGCCAUCCGGGAGCUCCAGGAAUCCGACCUCAAGGGCCGUCCCGUGCGCCUAAGGGAGGACAAGAUCGCCGGCAGGGGGCCCCGCCCGGCACGGGGACCCAGGAGCGGUUCCGACGAACCGCGGGCUCCCCCGGGGGUCGUCACCCAGCUCUACGUGGGAAACCUGUCCUACGACACGACCUGGAGGGAGCUCAAGGAGCACUUUCUGCAGGCCGGGGAGGUCGUCCGGGCCGACGUCAAGGCCUCGGACAGCGGCCGCUCCAAGGGCUUUGGGAUCGUAAGGUUUGCCAGCCCCGAGGACGCCCAGAACGCCAUCGCGACGCUGGCCGGGACCGAGCUCGACGGCCGCCCGAUCGAGGUGCGGCCGGACCACAGGGCGUGAGGCGAUCCGGGCCAAGCAAAGCAAAGCAAAUCGAGCUAGCGAGGACUUUUGUGGGUGGAAGUGCGCGGGAUGUACCGUAUUCGUGAAGCCGUGUGUUGUGUAUGAGUGAUUGAUUGAGUGAGUGAGUGUGUUUGUGGGUGUGUAGCAAGUGGAUCGGCACGAUUGGCCAUCGCUCUUGCGUGCGUGACUGUAACAAGAAGAAGAAGCAUGCGUUCGUUCGUUCGUUCGUUCGUUCGUUCGUUCGUUCGUUCGUUCGUUCGUUCGUUCGUUCGUUCGUUCGCGGCAUUUUCUUCUUCUUCUUCUCUCUGCGGAUAAUGAAAUUAUGACGGGGAA